AUGGGUGAAACAUAUUCGUUCAUUUCUCUCGAGUGUGCUGAAAGGUUGAACUUAGAUUUGUCUUCUUUGGUUGGGAGUAUGAUUGUUAAUACUUCAGCUUUGGGUCCAUUAACUACUUUGUGGGUUUGUUUGAAUUAUCCACUAACUAUCUAUGGUAAGAAUUUUGGGAUGGAUCUAGUAUGUCUAAUGAUAAAUAAACUAGAUGUUAUCCUUGUAGUGAACUGGUUGGAGUUCAACCAAGUUCAUAUCAACUGUUUCUACAAGUCAGUGUCAUUUCUAGAAUUCAUUGCAAGUGAUGAGUUGUUUCUGUCAGCUAAGCAAGUGGGUGAAUUCAUGAAGAAUGGUGCUAAGGUGUUUAUGAUAUUAGCUUCUAUGAAGGCUGAAAUAAAAACUAUUAUUGGUGAAUUACCAGUGGUGUGCAAUUUUCCAGAAGUGUUUCCAGAUGAUAUCAGUGAUUUACCAUUGGAGCACGAGGUUGAGUUUGUCAUAGACUUAGUACCCAAAACUAUACCUGUGUCGAUGGCGAUGUAUAGAAUGCCUGCUUCAUAG